CGCGGGCGGCGCGGGCCAGGACGCGGAGUGCUCUGCGCCCGGCUGGGGCUCCCAGCUCGGUGCUGGUCCCGGAGCAGUUGGCUGUGCGCGUACCCUCGCCGCGUCCCGGGGACCUGGGCCGUGCACCCGCCUCCCUGCGGCUCUCUGAAGCUCCGCCGUCUGCUGCAGGCCACGGGUCCGCACCUCCGACCCUGGCGCUCGGUGUCACCCCGCACUCUGCGGUCUGGCUCCGCACAGACCCGUGCGCGUGCUGACCCCGCGUCACCCGCGGUCCCUGGCUCUGGUCGCCACCUGCCCCAGGCCUGGCCUGGCUUAGGCGGCGGCCCUUGGUGGGGGGUGGGGGGCGGCCCGAUUUACCCCAGCUUCUCCCGGAGCAUCUCCACAAAUGGCUUCUUAAGUAGAAGACAAGCAGCCUAGGCCUGGGGGCCUGGGGAGAAUGGUGACCCUCUGGCGUUUGUCUGUCAGGGUCUGCUUGUCACACUUAAGAUGCUUUGAGUUCAGGAAGGAACUUGGCCUUCCCAGACCCCUGGGAUGCUCUCGCAAUGCCAGACUAUGUUGGUUUCUGCUGGGUACUUUGCCCAAAUUUAUCUCAGCCCAUGGGGAUAUUGGAGAGGGGUCUCCUGGCACCUUGUGUCAGCGAAAGACUCACUGGAGUGACCUGGCUGAGAAUGGACGAGUGGAAGUGGCUCAAGCAGGGCCACUGGGCCGCGUCUUACUGUGUCUCCGUCUAGGGCUCCGUGCUGGCAUUCUCUUGGCGAAAUUCUUCCCCCUGCUGUUCUUGUACCCUCUCACCUACCUGGCUCCUGGCUUCUCCACCCUCUGGCUCCAUCUGCUUUUGAAAGCCACAGAGACCUCUGGGCCAACAUAUAUCAAACUGGGCCAAUGGGCCAGCACCCGGCACGAUCUCUUUUCAGAGGCUUUCUGUGCCCAGUUCUCCAAGCUGCAUGUCCAGGUGACCCCCCACCCUUGGGCCCACACGGAAUGCCUACUCCAGCAGGCAUUUGGGGAGGAUUGGGGCAGCCUCCUGUUUUUCGAGACCCAGGAGCCUGUGGGUUCAGGGUGCGUGGCCCAAGUGUACAAAGCAUUCGCUAGCACUACCUUGCUGGAGAAGGACAGAGCCUGGAGACUUGGGCAACUCUCUGUCCCAUGGCUGUCCUCAGGAUCUGGGGCAGUCUGGAUGCUGGGAGGGUCCUUUGAGAAGGAGUGGAAGCCUUCGGAAAGCCUUGCCGAUGAAGCAUUUGUAGAAAAGCUGCUUCUCCCUAAAGCUGACCUUGUUAGGUCAGAAGGGAGCACGCCUCAGGUUCCUGGCCACCCACCUAAGUCAGAUCACCUCGUCCCAGUGGCAGUAAAAGUGUUACACCCUGGCCUGCUCACUCAGGUGUACAUGGAUUUACUGCUGAUGAAGAUCGGGAGCCAAGCCCUGGGGCUUUUACCAGGAGUCAAAUGGCUUAGCUUGCCUGAGAUUGUGGAGGAAUUUGAGAAGCUCAUGGUCCAACAGAUAGACCUGCGUUAUGAAGCUCGGAAUCUAGAGCACUUUCAGCACAACUUUGAGAAUAUGACAUCUGUGAAAUUCCCCACCCCGCUGCACCCCCUCAUCACGAGGGAUAUACUGGUGGAAACAUAUGAAGAGAGUGUUCCGGUGUCCAGCUACCAGCAGGCAGGAAUCCCUGACGACCUGAAGAGGAGGAUUGCACAGCUGGGGAUCAACAUGCUUUUGAAGAUGAUAUUUGUGGAUAACUUUGUGCAUGGAGACCUUCACCCUGGGAACAUCCUGGUCCAGGGUGCUGAUGGAUUGUCCCCAAGCCUGGAGACUCAACAGCAGCAGGUGAAUGUCCAUGACACACUGGUGACUACCAUAGCACCUGCCCUGUGCCCCCUGCGCCUGGUGUUGUUGGAUGCUGGCAUUGUGUCAGAGUUGCAGGCUUCAGACCUGAGGAAUUUCCGGGCAGUUUUCCUGGCUGUAGCACUGGGGCAGGGCCACAGAGUAGCUGAGCUCAUCCUGCAUCAUGCCCGGGCCAAUGAGUGCAAGGAUGUGGAGAGGUUCAAGGCUGAGAUGGCUACACUGGUGACCCAGGCCAGGAAGAACACUCUCACACUGGAGAAGCUUCAUGUUUCCAGCCUCCUCUCCAGUGUCUUUAAGCUACUGAUGACCCACAAGGUCAAGCUCGAGAGCAACUUUGCCUCCAUUGUGUUCGCCAUCAUGGUGCUGGAGGGGCUCGGCCGCUCGCUGGAUCCCAAGCUGGACAUACUGGAGGCGGCAAAGCCCUUCCUCCUGCAGGGAGGAGGCUUCCUGUGACUGUGGCAGUGGGCACACAGUGAAGGCAGGUCCCGAGGGUCUGCCCUUUGGCAGCUGACAUCUGAAACUGGGACAUGUGGCAGAAACACUACUAAUUACCCUGUGACCUAGCCUCAGGGUCUGUUUAAAAAACUUGGGGUUAUUUAGGGUAUAAAGGGAGGGAAGCUGAAACUGGUGCCAGAGUCACCAUUUCAGGAAAAAUGUCCUGCAGAACAAAAAAUACACUUACUUGUUUUGUUUUUUC